AUGGAAGAAAAGGUAAAUCACAUAGCUAUUACUAACGUUAGAAGUGGUGAUGACGCAAAUGAAGUUGACCUUCAGGCUGUCGCUUCAAAUCCAGUUUCCAUAGGUGCCAUUGGUAAUAGUUUGACAUCAAGUGAAAAGUAUUUCAUUUUAAAAAGAUUAAACUAUGACGGUUUAGUGACUUUAGAGGAUUUACCCAUUGGUGCAGCUUUCAUGAUUGAAAAGAUUGAACAAAUGACUGAAUCAGAGGGUCUAAAAAUCUUGAAGCAAGUGGCUGUGGAUCAUAAAGAUGAUGUCAAUUUCCCUAGUGAAAGUUUGGACUUAAUCGAAAAGCUUAUUGAAAUGACUCCAUCUAAUGUAAGUUCUGAAACUAAAACCCAAUUAGAAUCUAGUUUUGGUAAUGAAAAGAAAAACGAUUCACAAUCAGAUGACGUUCAAGAAUUGAAUGACAGUAGCUCAUUGGAAGCUAACAAUGACGAUUACUUCAAUGUUGUCGAUUGGGGCUUACAAGUUAGAAUCGAAUCUUGUUUGAUUGAAUAUCACUCACCUUACCCUGAGGUUAGAGCCGUUACUGAUUGUUUCGAUGAUCCAAGCUUGUAUGUCGAAACCCCAAGAGUUUAUAUCUUAGGUUUGAUUUGGACCUGUGUAGGUGCUUUCAUCAAUCAAUUUUUUGCUGAGAGACAACCUUCUAUUUCCUUACCAGCUUCUGUUGUUCAAUUGUUAUUAUAUCCAUCUGGUAUGUUAAUGGCUGCCAUUAUGCCAAAAUGGAAAUUUAAAGUUUGGAAAUAUACUUUCGAUUUAAACCCGGGCCCAUGGAACCAUAAGGAACAGAUGUUAACUACUAUCUUCUACUCAGUUUCUGCUGGUACUCCUUAUGUUUCUUAUAAUAUCCAUGUUCAAUUAUUAGAAAGAUUUUACAAUAAUCAAUGGGCUGACUUUGGUUAUCAAACCUUAUUGAUUUUAGCCACCAACUUUAUGGGGUUCGGUUUUGCUGGUAUCAUGAGAAAGUUCACUAUCUAUCCAAUUAAGUCUAUUUGGCCAUCAACUUUACCAACUUUAGCUUUAAAUGCCGCUUUAAUGAAACCUGAAAGAAAGGAAAACAUUAACGGAUGGAAAUUAUCAAGAUAUGCGUUCUUUUUCGUAUUCUUCGUUUUUUCAUUCUUAUAUAAUUGGAUUCCUUACUACUUAUUCCAAGCCUUAUCUGUAUUCAAUUGGAUGACAUGGAUCAAACCAGAUAACUUCAAUUUAGCUGCCAUCACUGGUAGUAAUUAUGGUUUGGGUCUUAACCCUAUUCCUACAUUUGAUUGGAAUGUCCUUAAUUUCAAUGGUGCUUUGACAAUUCCUUUUUACUCCCAGCUUAAUCAAUAUAUUGGUACUUUCAUUGGAUUUUUCAUUGUUGUUGGUAUUUACUGGACUAACAACAACUGGUCUGCUUAUUUACCAAUCAAUUCUUCAUCAUUGUUCACUCAAAACGGUGUUAGAUAUGAUGUUAAAGCUAUUGUAGACGAAAACUCAUUAUUUGAUGCUGCCAAAUAUAAUGAAGUUGGUCCUCCAUAUUAUGCAGCUGCAAAUUUAUUGGUUUAUGGUGCUUUCUUUGCCAUUUAUCCUUUUGCCAUUGUCUACGAAUGUUUCAUGAAUUGGAAACCUAUGUGGGAAGCUUUGAAACAUUUAGGAAAAUCUGUCAAGAAUUUUAGAAGAUCAACUUUCGAAGGAUUCAAUGAUCCUCAUACUAGAAUGAUGAGAAAAUAUAAAGAAGUCCCAGAUUGGUGUUUCUUAGCCGUAUUGGUCAUUUCAAUUGUUUUAGCAAUUAUCUGUGUUAAAGUAUAUCCAGCUCAAACUCCUGUCUGGGGUAUUUUCUUCACCGUUGCUAUUAAUUUCUGUUUCUUGAUUCCAUUGACUGCUGUUUACUCCACCACAGGUUUCCAAUUCGGUCUUAACGUUUUAGUUGAAUUAAUCGUUGGUUAUGCCAUGCCAGGUAAUGGUUUAGCUUUAAAUUUCUUGAAAGCUUUGGGUUAUAAUAUUAAUGGUCAAGCUCAAAACUAUAUUUCUGAUCAAAAAAUGGGUCAUUAUGCUAAAUUACCACCAAGAGCUAUGUUCAGAUGUCAAAUGUUAUCUGUGUUCGUUGCCUCAUUUGUUGCCUUGGGUGUGAUGAAUUUCCAAAUCAACAAUAUCGAUGGUUACUGUGAACCAUUCCAAAGACAAAAAUUCACUUGUCCAAGUUCAACUGUGUUCUAUAAUGCUUCCAUUUUCUGGGGGGUCAUCGGUCCAAAGAAAGGUUUUGGUGUCUAUCCAAUCUUGGAAUACUGUUUCUUGAUUGGAGCUUUAUUACCAAUUCCAUGUAUCUUAUUCAGAAAGUAUGGACCUCAAAAAAUUGCCAAAUAUUUCCAACCAACUUUAAUCAUUGGGGGUAUGUUAACAUAUGCUCCUUAUAAUUUAUCCUACGUAACAGGAGGUCUUUAUUUAUCAGCCUUAUUCAUGCAUUACUUCAGAAAGAAAUACAUGACUUGGUGGGAAAAAUAUAAUUAUGUUUUAACUGGUGCUAUGGAUGCAGGUGUAGCCUUCAGUGCCAUCAUUAUCUUCUUUGCUGUUAUUUAUAACGAUAAAACAGUUUCCUGGUGGGGUAAUGAUGUGCCAUGGACUGGUAUUGAAGGAGGAUUAGGUAGACAAUCUAGACUUAAUGCUUCAGAUGCUCCAGACGGUUACUUUGGUGUAAGAGCUGGUAACUAUCCUUAA